AAAAAAAAAAGUCUCCCUCGAUCAAGCAAAACAAAACCACACCAUAGCCACUCACCCAAUCUAAUAUCGCAUCUCGAUCUUCCAACUACCGACGACAAGAGCCUCUUUGACCUUAGAAGGCAAGCAACAUCAGCGUCAACACCAGCUACAAGCAGAUAAUUACACAGCGGUCCUGCACAGCGGUCCUCCCCACUACAAGGACAACGGCAUAUAACCACUCCACCAGCGGAUAAUCUCUUGCCAACCCACACGCUCGCUUCUCUGGCCGUCUAGUCAACGUUUACUCGCUUUGGCUGCCGCUCGAUCACAUGCAACGAGCUCAGUCUGCCGUGGAUUUUUCCAAUCUACUUAAUCCAACUUCGGCAGCAGGACAGGACAGCGACGCCGAGCAAGGCAGCGGAGCCAUGUCUACCGCUGCGGUUACCGUCAUCAAGCCCAAUGGGCCUAUCCCAGGAGCACAGUCAACGGAGGCUGCCAACGAGCUUCCUCGUCCCUACAAGUGCCCUCUUUGUGAAAAGGCCUUCCACCGUCUGGAGCACCAGACCAGGCACAUCCGCACUCACACGGGCGAGAAGCCCCAUGCCUGCCAGUUCCCUGGCUGCAGCAAGAAGUUCUCUCGUUCCGAUGAGUUGACCAGGCACUCGAGGAUACACAGCAACCCCAACUCCAGGCGCGGCAACAAGGGCCAGCAGCAGCACCAACAGCACCUUCACCACCAAGGCCUUCCUCACCACAUGCACGUCGAUGGCAUGAUGCCCCCUCCGGUGCCAAAGGCCAUCCGCUCUGCUCCCACCUCGACUCUGGUCUCGCCUAACGUCUCGCCUCCCCACUCUUACUCCUCGUUUGUCAUGCCCCAGACCCCCAUGGCUCACUACAACCGUGGCAACGAUAUCACAAUGCUGGCAAAGGCUGCAAACCAGAUCGAGCGGGAAACACUCUCUGGCGGCCCGUCUAACCACAACUCAAGGCAUCAUCCCUACUUCGGCCAGGGCUUGCCGAACUCUCGAGGCCACCCGCCUUCCCUUUCUUCGUACCACAUGGCGAGAUCUCACUCCAAUGACGAUGAUGAUCAUUACAGCAGCAUGAGGCACGCCAAGAGGUCGAGGCCUAACUCGCCCAACUCCACGGCUCCCUCUUCUCCCACCUUUUCCCACGACUCUCUGUCUCCCACCCCGGAUCACACUCCCAUCGCAACUCCCGCUCACUCCCCUCGACUCCGCCCCUUUUCGGGCUAUGAGCUGCCGAGUCUGAGAAACCUGUCUCUGCAGCACAACACGACUCCGGCGCUGGCCCCCAUGGAGCCCCACCUGGAUGCUCCCCAGUUCCCCCCUCAGCUGCAGGCAAACAACAACCGCAGCCCCGGCAUGUCGCUUACCGACAUCAUCAGCCGCCCCGACGGGAGCCAGAGGAAGCUCCCUGUUCCUCAGGUUCCCAAGGUGGCGGUGCAGGACCUCCUCUCAGACGGUGUAUUCCCUAACAGCGGCAGAAGUUCAACUGCAGGCAGUCUUGCAGGUGGCGACCUCAUGGAUCGGAUGUAGAGAAUCCCUUACUUUGGCGCCUCGAAUGACUUGAUGACUUUGGGCUAUAGAAGGAUAGAAAGAGACGGCGUUUAUGGCAUGGAAAUGGAAAUGGAAAUGGAAAGAGUCGUCCCUCGAAGGACUUGACACGGCUAUUUUUUUCUUCCCUUUUUUUGUUUUCUUUACUUGAUUUUUUUUUCAUUGCAGGGCAUGGAAUCCUACACAAGAUGGAUGGCCAAAGGAAAUAUAGACAUCACCACUUCCCCAACGGAUUACUGUUGACUACUACCUUUUUUUUUU